CUCUCAAACAACAAAACAAAUCCUUUCAUUCCAUUUUCCGCAAUUCUGUAAAACAGCCGGACUCCUUUUAUCUAUCAUCUCAUUAAACUGCCGGACUCCCUAUCUUAUCAUCACUAUUGAAUCUUAUUCUCUCAUUAUCAUUUCACUGCUUAUCGUGGUAUCGUGCUAUCAAAAUUUUUGUCAGAAUAAUUUCAUCUGUGUACCGUGACUGCCGUGUUAUUUGCCGCAAAAUGUCUCAGCCUGAACCACGGUUGGCUCCCUGUAUACCUUUGCCUUUGGAAGACAAGGCGCUUACUGAAAUAAUUGAAAAGGCUAAGGAUUGGGCCCUGAUGCAUGGAGUUGGGAUGCGUGACAAGAAUCAUUUUACCAAAGAUGCCAUACAGUUUGCCCCAUUUGUGCUGCUGCCGUCACCAUUUCCAAGACAGGAAUUCAACAAAGCCAUUGAACUACAAACAGUUUUAAAUGAACUCAUGCAUAAGGUAGCGCAUGAUGAAGCUUUUCUACAACGGACGCUACAGAACGCACUUGAAGUGGACGAGUUCACGGCUAAUCUCUACAACAUAUGGGUCAAAGUAAAGGAGGAAGGAAUCGCUCAGCCGAUAUCGUUAGGCAUGCUGCGUUCAGACAUAAUGCUGGAUACACGCUGUCCACACACGAAGCCCUGCUCGCAACACAAGCCGUAUUGCUCGUGGAAACAAGUCGAAAUCAACAGCAUCGCAUCCGGAUUCGGCCAUCUUGGGCCAGUGUCGAGGGAAAUACAGAGCUACAUAAUAAGACAGUUGGGCCAUGGUGAUAUCGUGAAAAACGUAAGUUGUAUGCCAGAGAACCGCGCUCUUUCCGGCCUAUGUACGGGCAUCACAGACGCGUAUGACCUCUUUGGUGUCCCGAACGCCGUGGUGGUGUUUGUGGUUGAGGAAGUCUCGUAUAAUAUUUGCGACCAGCGCUUCCACGAGUUUGAGAUUGCUGAGAAAAGGCCGGAUAUCACGAUUUUCAGGAAAACACUGAACGAAAUUUACGAGGAGAGCUCUCUCAACGACAAGAAGCAACUGAUUAUCGAGGAGCGUCCGGUGGCGGUGGUGUACUACCGGUCCGGGUACGAGCCCGCGCAGUACCCCACGCAGCGGGAGUGGGACGCCCGCCUGCGCGUCGAGCGCUCCACGGCCAUAAAAUGCCCGUCGAUCGGCUACCACCUAGCGGGCACUAAGAAGGUGCAGCAGGCGCUGGCCACGCCGGGGGUGCUGGAGGGGUUCAUGGGCGCGGGGGGGGUCACCGGCCGCGUGCGCGACAUCUUCACCGGACUGUACUCGCUGGACUUCGACGACAGCGGCGAGCGCGCCGUGGAGAUGGCGCUCGCUGACGCUACUAGGUUCGUCCUGAAGCCGCAGCGCGAGGGCGGCGGGCACAACGUGUACGGCGCGGACGUGCGCGACGCGCUGCUGCGCAUGCGCCACGGCCGCGAGCGCAUGGCCUACAUACUCAUGGAGCGCAUCCUGCCGCCGCUCGUUAAAGGCUACGUGGUGCGUCCGGGCGCGUCGGUGCCGCCGCCGCUCGUCGAUUUGGUGUCGGAACUCGGCAUCUUCGGAGUCAUCAUUGGGACCAAAGACAAGAUCUACUCCAACAAGCAGGUGGGCCACAUGCUGCGCACGAAGCUCGCGGACGCCAACGAAGGCGGCGUGGCGGCCGGGCUGGGGGCGCUGGACUCCCCGCUGUUAGUCGACCUGUAGGGGACUGGGAGGGGAGAAUGGGAGGGAGGGAAGGGAUGUGGAGCAAACAUAAGCUAAAUUUUAAGAAAAUUCGGUUAUUGGUUCUGAAAGCGAAAAUUCAAUUUUAGCAAUGUCUAAAGUCAAAGCGUUUUCUUUGUUUGUUUGUCUUUUUUAAUUGGCUGCAUGAAGCCCAGAAUUAUUCAUAUUCUAUUUUAGGUAUUUUUGGCUAUGAUAAUAAUUGUGAAAAUAUUACUUAAUAGUUACUCCAGAGGUAGCGCAGACUCUACGACUAUUAUCCUGUGAUCUAAUAGAUGUUCAUAUUUUAAGGUGUUGUGAAAUAGAAUGAUAAAUUAUGUAAAUAUCACUUGCUUUCUUGAGCCUUAAAUAUUUUUACUUAAAAGCCGUUACCUAAAUGUAUGUUAAAUUCAUAGAAUAACAUUUCAUACUACAUACAUUCCGUAAUUUACUCAUAUAGUUAAUUAACUAUGUUUUCUUAACUAAUAUUCACUAAUAGCUGAUACUUGAAAUUUUAUAACCUGAGUAAAAGUAUGCAGCAAAUUAAAUUUUCACUAUUAUUAUUUCUACUCAUACCAUGGUCAAUUUAAGUGUUACUUACGGUAUUAUGUUUGAACACUUUGAACUAAUAAUUAUUAAUAUUGAAAAUAUACGCGUGGUGCUGUAUGUGUAAAUUAAAAUAAUGAAUAUGGUGAUUUGUUUUUAUAAUGUUUUUAAUAUUAUACAUAAUUAAUAUAGACGAAUUUAAUACAAUAUAUUAUUCUCAGUUUUGUGUUUUAUUAUUAUUUCCUACCAACUUAUUUACCUCAUAUUAUAAUUUAGGUAUAGUGAAUCGAUCUCUACUAUACCUAGACUUUUGAGCGUAGAUGAAUACGGUGAAAAACCCUAAUAUAACUCUUGAGUAGUGCAUCUGUCACUGACACAAAAUAAAAUAAGCAAGCGUAAAACUUUUAAAUAAUUUUAUUAGAUAAUUUUACAUAGAUACUACUAAGACUAACAACAGUGUUACAGAUGUUCCGUAUAUUUGGGCACUUUGUUCUUCAGCAUAAGUCCCGAGUCGUUUUGGUUGUACCCCUCCAGGUAUU